AUGGACUCCCAGCUGGUUGGCUGCUUGAUAGGGGCUGUGAAUCUCAAAUCCAGCAACCGAAACCCAGUGGUGCAGGAAUUUGAAAAAUCCAGCAACCGAAACCCAGUGGUGCAGGAAUUUGAAAGUGUGGAGCUGUCUUGUAUCAUUACGGAUUCACAGACAAAUGAUCCCAGGAUUGAAUGGAAGAAAAUUAAAGAUGACCAAACCACAUAUGUGUUUUUUGACAACAGCAUUCAGGGAGACUUGGCAGGUCGUGCAGAGCUAUUGGGGAAAACUUCCCUGAAGAUCUGGAAUGUGACACGGACAGACUCGGCCCUUUAUCGCUGCGAGGUCGUUGCUCGAAAUGACCGCAAAGAAAUUGAUGAGAUUGCCAUUGAGUUGACUGUGCAAGUGAAGCCGGUGACCCCCGUCUGCAGAGUGCCGAAGGCUGUUCCUGUAGGCAAGGUGGCCACGCUGCACUGCGAGGAGGGCGAAGGCUCCCCUCGGCCUCACUACAGCUGGUACCGCAACGACAUGCCACUGCCCACGGACUCCAGGGCCAACCCCCGCUUCCGGAAUUCCUCUUUUCUCUUAAACUCUGACACAGGCACUCUGGUUUUCACGGCUGUUCACAAGGAGGAUUCUGGGCGGUAUUACUGUAUCGCUUCCAAUGACGCCGGCUCCGCCAGGUGUGAGGAGCAAGAGAUGGAAGUCUAUGACCUGAACAUUGGCGGAAUUAUUGGGGGGGUUCUGGUUGUCCUUGCUGUACUGGCACUGAUAACGCUGGGCAUCUGCUGUGCAUACAGGCGUGGCUACUUCAUCAACAAGCAGGAUGAGGAAAGUUACAAGACCCCAGGGAAGCCAGAUGGCGCUAACUACAUCAGGACAGAUGAGGAGGGCGACUUCAGACACAAGUCGUCGUUUGUGAUCUGAGUCCUGGGGUGUGGCUGAGAACACAUGCAAAUACCUCGACCGCAAACUUCUGUCAAGGGCAGCUGUGAUGCGAGUGCACUCGGACAGAGCUAGACACUCAUGCAGCAGCUUUUUAUUUUGGCCAAAGUGACCACUGCUCCUUUUUUAUACUUUAACAAGCUCCAUGAAUAAAAGAAUUUUCCUCAAGAUGGCACAGUAACUACAAGGAAAAGAAACUGAGUGAGUUCACUGAGCUGGAGAUCCCAGUCUGCUUCUGGCCUGAUUUCCAUGAGUGUUAGGAUGAUACUAAACAUCUGCUCACAUAACUUCUCCUGUGCUGGGCAUUAUGGAUCUGUGAAAACACCUUAUUUGCCACUGGUGGCUCAUCAGCCAGGAUGAGUGCUGUGACAUGACAAGGUGGUUGCAUGGCACCAGCAACAUGAGCCACAGCAUGAAGCCCUGUCACCGCAGUUUGCAUCAGUAAAUCCAGAGAAGGCUUUUUAUGCGGGACCUUGUUUCAUGGCCCACAGACCCCACACCGUUUCUUCCUAAAGGCUGUUGAUCAGUGUUUUAGUGUCUAUCUUGGAGAAUCUUUCUCUGUCAGCAUUUUAUAAAACCAACCAAAAUCAGGAAGUUAAAUUGCUUGCUGGAAGAGGGAUCUUCUUACCUGAGGAAUCCUGCUUGUCCAAGAGUGGGUCAGGAUUUAAGGAAAACUUCCAUCCUAGCCUAAGUUUAAAAUGGUACUGAAAUGUGCUUUUCUAUGGGUCUUGUUUAUUUUAUAAAAUUUUACAUUCUAAA